AUGGCGCCGCCCCCGGCCCCGCUCCCCGCGCGGGAACCUAACGAGGUCGGGCCCCAGGGGGGGACAUCCGAGCCCGUGAGCUUCGCGGACGUGGCCGUGUACUUCUCCCCGGAGGAGUGGGCGUGUCUGCGGCCCGCGCAGAGGGCCCUGUACCGGGACGUGAUGCGGGAGACCUAUGGCCACCUGGGCGCGCUCGGCUUCCGAGGCACCAAGCCAGCCCUCAUCUCCUGGGUGGAGGAAGAGGCAGAACUGUGGGGUCCAGAUGCCGGGCCGCCUGAGAUGGGAGAGUGUCUUACAGAAGCAGACACAGCAGGUUCCAGAAACCAGACAGAAAAAGGACAGAGACGAGGGAGGGAGGCACUGGGGAAGAUCCUUUCUGUGGACGCUCAGCUUCCCGGGCUGAUGGCUCUCAAACCCCUCUCUGCUGGCUUUCCUUACGGUUGCCAGAAGCCACCGAAGGUGCCUCGCCGGGGUCGCCCGCCACUCUCUGCCCACCCCCCGGUCCCCAGAGCCGACCGGCGGCAUGGCUGCUACGUGUGCGGGAAGAGUUUCGCCUGGCGCUCCACCCUGGUGGAGCAUCUCUACACCCACACGGGCGAGAAGCCCUUCGGCUGCCCGGACUGUGGCAAGGGCUUCAGCCAGGCGUCCUCGCUGAGCAAGCACCGGGCCAUCCACCGUGGGGAACGGCCCCACCGCUGCCCGGACUGCGGCCGGGCCUUCACGCAGCGCUCGGCGCUCACCACCCACCUGCGGGUCCACACGGGCGAGAAGCCCUACGCGUGCCCAGACUGUGGCCGCUGCUUCAGCCAGAGCUCCGCCCUCUACCAGCACCAGCGGGUCCACAGCGGGGAGACCCCCUUCCCCUGCCCGGACUGUGGCCGCGCCUUCGCCCACGCCUCCGACCUCCGGCGCCACGUGCGCACCCACACCGGCGAGAAGCCCUACGCGUGCCCAGACUGCGGGCGCUGCUUCCGGCAGAGCUCGGAGAUGGCCGCCCACCGGCGCACCCACAGCGGCGAGCGCCCCUACGCCUGUCCUCAGUGUGGCAGGUGCUUCGGUCAGAAGUCGGCCAUGGCCAAGCACCAGUGGGUCCAUCGUCCAGGGGCGGGGGUGCGCAGGGGCGGAGCUGCCGCCGGGCUGCCUGUGCCCCUGGCCUCUGCCCGAGGGGACCUGGACCCCCCCGUGGGCUUCCAGCAUUACCCAGAGAUAUUCCAGGAGUGUGGGUGAUGGCUUCACGGGUGACAGGGCCAAGGGUGAAGAUGUAGACAUUGGCUGAGGCCCAAGAUGGCCUCAGGGGCCUCAAACUCAGGCAACUCCGGGGAGGUCACAAAAUUCCCAGAGGGCACUGGACCUGGGGGUGGGGGGUGAGGACCAGUUUAUCUUAGGCCUUCAUCAGUUUCAUCUGCUAGACCUUGUCCUCUAUGGUCCCAGACUCAAGAGACCCCUUUGCUGAGUCAGGUUAGAGGUAAGAACCCCCACUAGACUUCCACUAUGGGGAAAGGCUGUUUCUCAGCUUAGAUAUAAGAGGAUUGAGGUGGAGAAUUUUGUUUUAUCCACUGACUUGACUGCAGAAGUUAAAAACUGAUGGCCAGGUACUGAAUCUGGUCUCCCAACAGCCUUUUGCAAUACAUGUAUUUUUAGACCAGCCAGCAUUUUCAAGUGUUAUGAAUUAUUGGUUAAGAUGUAAAAAUCAGGCUAUUUCACACAACAAACCAAGUUUCUGGCCUCUUGAAAAAAAUCCAAAGAUUUGGUGACUUGACCUGAGCUCCCACAAAGCCACAAUUGACAGGAGCUGAGAGGCCCAUUUGAAUGGAGCCCAGGCUCUUCAGUUCAGCCCACCUGCCAACUCCUUAAGCACCUCCUGACCAGUGUCAGCUGCCACUUGUCAUGGCUGUCUCUGGCAAAGCAGAGAUGCCUCUCCAUCUGGCAUUUUCUACUCAUUUACAUGACCUGUUGGACUCCUGUAAUCAUUUUUUAAAAAUGUAUUUUUAAUACAUAAAAAUAUGUAUUUAUUUUA